AUGUUUAAUAUAAAGAAAUUAUUUUUCAAGUUUUGGCCCUCCAACCAGACCAACAACUUCGUUGCACAUAUCCGGGUUGUGAUGGAAGGGGGCAUGUUAAUUCUGUAUUCUCGUAAUUCCCACCGUUCUCUAAGUGGUUGUCCAGUAGCUUAUGCGGAUAAAAUAAAUAAAAGGCAACAACAAAAAUCUUUAAAAGGAACACCAGAAAGGGGUUCUUCUAGUGAACCUUCAACAAGUUUAGUGAACAAUAAAAAUGGAAGAAAGCAUUCUUUUUCGUUAAUUAAAAAUAAAGAAGGAGGAGAAAAUAAUUGUUGUGAAAUUAAUAAAGAACAAAAACAACAACCUGUUGAUCUUUCUUUUAAUUUACAACAAAGAAAACUUCAAAUUAAUGAACAAAUUGGUGACCUUCCAAUUCAAAACGAAUUACGCGAAGCUUUAAUGGCCGGUUUUCAACGUCAAAUGCUUAUUCAAGCAGCCCUUUUAUGUUCAACAAAUAACCAACCAACAAAAAUAAAUUCUGAUUUAAUCGAAAAAGAAGAAAAUAAUGAAGGGGAAAAUAAAAAAGAAACAAAAAUUAAUUUAAUUAAAAGGCCAAGAUUAGAAUUACAAACAGAAAAUAAUCAACAAGAAGGAGAAAAUAAUUCUUCUUUAUUAAAUUCUAAUCAAUUAGAACAAAUGGAAAAUAUUUUGUUAUCUAGAGGGUUUCAAUUACCUAAUGGGGGAUUGGCUACUUUAAAUUCUGGUAAACAAAUUAAUUAA